ACCAUGUCCACCGACAAGGAGCUGUACAAGCUAGAGCUCCUGUCGCUCGUCACCAGAGUGUCCCAGGAGCUCUUCAAUCAUACAAAGCUGCAGGACAAGAGUCUGGCGGAAUUCGUCAUAGCUUUGCAUGAGCAAAGCAAAGAUGCCGUCGCUUUCCAGCAAAAGCUUGCAGAGAUAGGAGCCGACUUUCCGGAAUGGUUCAUCAAGAACCUCGAUCGUCUCAUCGUCACCAUGCAUCCGAAAUACAAACGCAAGGCAACAAAGAUCAAAGCUUCUCGUGAUAAGAACGGCAAUGGCAGCGGCGACGUGAAGGACAUCGUCGCUCGAAAGUUUCCUGGUCUCGCCCUUCCGGAUCAGGAAUGGACCGCGGCCGACAAGUAUAUUCAAAAUAGGGCGGAGAGAGAAGGUGAUGGCGACUCAUUACCCAAGUCUCUAUCUGUCGACGACGCAAUGAUCGAACUCGCAUCCGUGUCGGCGAGGCGGAAUAGACCAUCCGCCGAGGAUUUCAUUGACGGAGAACCGCCCUCGAAAAGGUCAAGAGGCACGAUGGAUCAGACUGGGAGGGCGGAUUACAGCAAUGGAGACUCAAAGACUGCCGAUAGGUACGGAAGCAUGUCCGCCGCCUACCCGGGUCAUCGAGGCUCACAUCGUCCUAGCCAGGACGAGAAGCCUGUGCUCUACAAGAUUUAUAGCGGUAAUGUGAAUGGGGUGCGUGAUUUUGGAGCUUUCGUGCUCCUUGAUGGAGUUCAGGGUCGGGUAGAAGGCCUCGUUCACGUUUCAAACAUCAUUGGUGCCAGGGUGCAAUCCGCCACGGAGCUGCUGCAUCGAAAUCAACGUGUGAAAGUAAAAGUCAUGAGUGUCACUGGCAAUAAAUACAGUUUGAGUAUGAAAGAUGUAGACCAGAACACCGGAGCGGACCUUUCACCUCACCUAUACGUGCGCACAGAUGAAGAAGCGAGAGCAGAAGAGAGACGGGCAGCGGCUCGUUCAGCGUCUGGAAGUAAUACAACACCGCUAGUAUCAGUUGACGAACGGAGGGGAAAGGGCGCCAAGAGAUUAUCGAGCCCGGAGAGAUUCGAAAUCAAGCAAUUGAUAGCCAGCGGCGUUAUCGAUGCCUCAGAUUAUCCAGACUUAGACGAUGACUUACAUGCGGCAUCUAACAAUGUGGAGAUUGAGGAGGACAUCGAUAUCGAGGUCAAUGAAAUAGAGCCAGCUUUCCUCGCCGGUCAAACAAAGAUUACUCUCGAGCUGUCUCCUGUCAAAAUCAUCAAGGCUCCUGAUGGAUCUCUCAACCGUGCUGCUCUAGCAGGUACAUCCUUAGCGAAAGAACGACGUGAUCUUAAACGCUUGGAAGCCAACGAAUCCGCCGAGUCUGAAUCCCGAGAUCUGUCUCAGCCGUGGCUGGACCCAAUGGCCAAUCCUAACGAGCGUCAGUUCGCUUCUGACAUCAAGGGUAAUUUGGUCGGGCAGAAGACUGCGCAAAUGCCAGCCUGGAAAGCGGCGAACAAAGUGACAUCGUACGGCCGUAUAACUUCGAUGAGCAUUCAGGAGCAGCGGCGUAGUCUGCCAAUAUACAAACUGCGCGAACAACUGGUCCAAGCCAUUCGUGAUAAUCAAAUUCUGGUGGUUGUCGGUGACACCGGGUCGGGGAAAACCACUCAGAUGGCGCAAUACUUAGCUGAGGAAGGCUUUCUGGAGAAAGGAAAGCUCGGAUGUACACAGCCUCGAAAAGUUGCCGCGGUCUCCGUCGCCAAACGUGUCGCGGAAGAGGUUGGCUGUCGAUUAGGUGCAGAAGUUGGAUACACCAUACGAUUCGAGGAUCUAACAAGUCCCGAAACCAAGAUAAAGUAUAUGACGGACGGUAUGCUUCUGCGUGAACUCCUGGUCGACCCGGACUGCUCCAAGUAUUCUGUCAUUAUGUUGGACGAAGCGCACGAAAGAACGAUAGCUACUGAUGUCCUCUUCGGACUGAUGAAGAAGGCUUGCAAACGACGCCCAGACCUGAAGCUUAUAUGCACUUCCGCUACACUGGACGCAGCCAAAUUCGCCACUUAUUUCUGGGGGUGUCCAAUCUUUACGAUUCCGGGACGAACUUUUCCUGUGGAGGUCCUCUACACAAAGGAUCCGGAGCCUGAUUAUCUGGAAGCCGCGCUCAUCACUAUCCUGCAGAUUCACCUCAUGGAGCCUGCCGGCGACAUUCUUGUCUUUUUGACUGGUCAAGAGGAGAUCGAUACUUCUUGCGAGAUUCUUUACGAACGCGUCAAAGCCCUGGGGCCUCAAGUUCCCGAACUCAUCAUCCUUCCCGUGUACGCCGCUCUUCCAUCAGAAAUGCAGUCCCGAAUAUUUGACCCUCCGCCACCAGGCGCACGUAAAGUCGUCAUUGCCACAAAUAUAGCCGAGACCAGCAUCACUAUCGAUGGCAUCUACUAUGUCAUCGAUCCGGGAUUUGCCAAACAGAACGCUUACGACCCGAAACUCGGUAUGGACUCGUUGAUCGUCACUCCUAUCUCCCAAGCUCAAGCUCGUCAAAGAGCCGGGCGUGCUGGUCGUACUGGCCCCGGGAAGUGUUAUCGUCUUUACACCGAAGUAGCCUAUCGGAACGAAAUGCUGCCAAAUCCUAUCCCCGAAAUUCAGCGUACCAACUUGGCGUCGACUAUCCUGACGCUCAAAGCUAUGGGAGUCAAUGACUUGAUCAGUUUUGACUUCAUGGAUCCUCCCCCAGCCCCUACCAUGUUGACAGCGUUGGAGCAGCUGUACGCUUUGGGAGCGCUUGACGACGAGGGCCUCCUUACUCGCAUCGGUCGGAAGAUGGCCGAUUUCCCUCUCGAUCCACCAUUAUCGAAGAUGCUCAUCAAAUCUGUCGAUUAUGGUUGCUCAGAGGAAGCUCUGACUAUUGUGGCCAUGCUCCAAGCUGGAGGUCAAGUAUAUUAUAGACCUAAGGACAAGCAAGCUCAGGCGGACGCCAAGAAGGCCAAAUUUCAUCAGCCUGAGGGAGAUCUUCUUACCCUUUUGGCUGUCUACAAUGGAUGGAAGGGCUCUAAAUUUAGUAACCCGUGGUGCUUCGAGAACUUUAUCCACACAAGAGCUAUGAAGACUGCACAGGACGUGAGAAAACAACUGAUCGGGAUCAUGGAUCGUUACAAGCACGACUUAGUUUCGUGCGGAUCCAAUUACAAUCGGGUACGAAUGGCAAUAUGCUCUGGGUUUUUCCGCAACGCCGCCAAAAAAGAUCCCACGGAAGGGUACAAAACACUAGUAGAAGGCACGCCCGUUAGCAUACAUCCCUCUAGCGCCCUCUUUCAACGGCCGCCAGAAUGGUGCGUGUACUACGAGCUGGUUCUCACCGCGAAGGAAUACAUGCACCAAGUCACUGCAAUCGAACCUAAAUGGUUAUCCGAGGUCGCUCCUACCUUCUUCCGUGUGGCAGAUCAGAAUAAGAUCAGUAAACGAAAGCAAUCUGAAAAGAUUGAACCCUUGUUUGACCGCUUCGCCGCUGACAAGGAUGACUGGCGACUCAGUAAACAAAAACGACCGACACGAUCUUCACAGACGUUUUAGACAUGCUCUGGAGACCGCAGACUCUUGCCAUCCGUCUAUUUAUCAUGAAUGGCUUGCAAUGAAUGAUAUGUGGUUGAUCGCUUUAGGGCUCUGACAAUCUCAUCUGUAGUUGAUGUAUGCAUGUAUUGUACG